CUAAUGAGAUCCAGUCUAGAAGCCUUAUAGUAACAGAUACAGAAUUACAAAAACUUGUACGUCAAGGUCUAAUAGUCAAUGAAAUUCACAAACUCAAAAACCAAUAUGAUGAUUCAAGAGAAAAAGUAUAUCACUCCCUAAUGAGAGAACUCUUUAGUAUGAAGGCAUUUCGUGAUGUAUUCAGUCAAGAUGGACUCUUCUCUGAAGCAGAAUAUUAUAGAAAUAAAAUAGAUAAUCACAUAACUGAUUUUAUCAUUCAAAUGGAAAAAGAAAGAGUAAUGGAUCUGCUUAAUGAUGCUGAAAAUAAAGAUUCUGAAAUGCAUGAACAAAUAAUCAUUUUCUAA